AUGGAAGAUGCAUGGGAAACGUGGAUAUCUUCUAUGGAAACGGAUGGUCACUCAUUGGAUGAAGACAUGUUUGAUAUAGAGAAUGUGCAACAACCGAGUUUCUCUUUUGAGGGCUUUAAUAAUGCCAACCCUUCAAUUCAUGAAAACUUGAUCAAUAAGAGUAAGAACUCAAAUUGUCUCAUUUCUUCACAACAAACACCAUCUCAAUACCUUCUGUCUUUUGAAAACUCGUCUGUGGAACCUUCUCCUAAUAAUAGUGCCAUUGCUACAUCUUCUUCUAUCAUGAACCCAAAAACAACAACACUAAAUCAAAAUGAGAGUAGUGAGUUACCAAAAUUAGUUAAUAAAACCACCAAGAAGCGUAGAAGUGCAUCUGAGAUACAGGAUCAUAUCAUAGCUGAGAGAAAAAGGAGACAAGUUAUUGCUGAGAGGUUCAUAGCACUUUCUGCCACCAUUCCGGGAUUGAAGAAGACAGAUAAACUCUACAUACUUGAAGAAGCUAUCAAUUAUGUGAAACAACUUAAAGAGAAAAUAAAAGAGCUGGACAAUCAAAACAAAAUGAAAAAUAAGGAUUCAGAAAUGCUCAUCAAGAAAUCUCAAGCUUGCACAAAAGAAGAUGAUAUUGAUUAUUCUAAGAAAAAACUACCUAAUGUUAAAGCAAGAGUGAUAGAUAAGGAAAUUAUGAUUGGAAUCCAUUGUGAGAAACAAGAGAAUAUUGUGGUUAAAAUAAUGGGGUUGCUUCAAAAUCUUCACCUAUCACUUGCUAGUAGUAGCGUAUUACCAUUUGGAAAUUCCACUCUUAAAGUCACAAUCAUUGCUCAGAUGAAUGAUAAAUACUGCAUGAACGUGACCGAUCUUGUUAAAAACUUGAGGCAUGAUCUCUUGGAUUCACGUGACAAUCAGAAUAAUAUUUCUGAGAAGACUACAUAG